AUGGAGGGACGUUGGACUUGUCAUCUCUUUGGUGCAGUGUUGUCGGCGUCGAUCGGAUCCUUCGAGUUUGGCUACAACAUUGGCUGUAUCAAUAUGCCUGCUGAUCUAAUCAAAGAAUGGUUCGCGUCAUCGUACAAUAAAGGGCUCGCCAUCCAUGAAAAGAGAGCGACAGUCGAUGAUAUGAAAACGGCAUGGUCGAUAGCUGUCAGCAUCUUCGCCAUUGGAGGAAUUGCCGGAGGUCUUUCUUGUGGAUACUUUGCGGAUAAACUUGGACGGAAGACUGCCUUGCUAAUGAACAAUGUCGUUGCGCUCGUCGCCACAGGCUUCUUCGUCUUCGCAAAAUUGUUUGACGUGCGGUACUUGUUCACCGCGGGCAGGCUUAUCAUUGGAGUCAAUGCCGGGUUGAAUAGCGGUCUAGUGCCCAUGUAUCUGACAGAAAUCUCUCCAGCAAACCUCCGCGGAACAAUCGGCUCUUUUGCACAGCUAUUCGUUACCAUCUCAAUUCUGGCCUCGCAGGUUGUCGGACUUCCAUCUAUUUUGGGGACUGCUGAUCGAUGGCCUUGGAUCUUCUAUGCCAUAUGUGUCCCUGCGAUUUUGCAACUUUCCACGCUCAUGCUCUGCCCUGAAAGCCCCAAGUACACCAUCAAAGUCGGCGACAACCAUUUCCAGGCACAGCAGGAUUUGAUAAAAUUGCGAGGCCACGCUAAGGUCCAAGAUGAGUUGAUGAUAAUUGCGGAUGAAGCAAAAGCUGCAAAAUCUGAAGAAAUUAACUGUGCCGCUUUGUUUGGUCCAUAUCUUAUCUGGCCUUUGGCUUUAUCCACCUUCUUGAUGUUUGCUCAGCAGCUUAGUGGGAUCAAUGCUGGGCCAAAUUAUGCAACGCUUGCUAUGGGUGCCAUCAAUGUUCUGAUGACUAUUGCUUCUGUCUAUUUCGUUGACAAACAAGGACGUCGAACGUUGCUACUUGGUAGCUUUAUUGGAAUGUUCGUCACCACGGCAAUUAUUGCAAUUUCUAUACUUUCCGCUAAACAUGUUGCAGCCCUUCAUUGGUUCUCCUAUGUGGCAGUACUGGCCGUACUUGCUUUUGUGAUUUCCUUUGCUGCUGGAGCAGGCUCAAUUCCCUGGUUCUUCGUGAGCGAGGUGUUUCCCUUAAAUGCUCGUGGGAAGGCCAACUCAGUCGCUGUUUUCACCAACUGGUUCUGCACGUUUGCUGUUGGAAUGGCUUUCCCGUGGAUUGAGGCAAAUUCGAAAAAAUUUGAAAAAUUUUCCAAAUUUUAGG